CCUAACAAAAUGUUUAGCAAAAAGCUUUCUUGCAAAACAACUGGUUCUUCAGACUGGGAAGGUGAACUACUACAGAACCUAAAGCCAGGACAGCGAUGCUGUUUGAAAAGAAUCAUGGACGUUUAUGAUUCUAAGCCCGAAUGGGAGAAACUGAAAAGGCAAUAUGCUCUCAGUCUGUUCUACAAAUAUUUCCUAGGUUAUGUUCCCAAAGACAAAGUGGCAUCCUAUGUUCCCCUUAUAAAAAAUUAUUGUAAAAAAGUACCCACGAAGCAAAAAAAUAAAGAACCCAAAACAUGGAAGACCUCUUCUUCUUUUCCAUCUUACAGAAGUCCUACUCCAUCUUACACAAGUUCUUCUCCUAGUUAUCCUGGUACUUCGAAUUCUAUUCCCAGAAGAAAUCUGACCUCAAGUUACCCCUCUUACUGUUCACGCUGUCGUUAGUGGACAAGGAUUUGAUGGAGCAUGAAAAAUUACAAGACGGAACAUAGAAAUCAUCCAAGAUCUUUAAGCUACUUUAGGAAUGAU